CGCAGUAGAAAAGGAGCGUGUAUAGUCAAUGAUCUCGACUCGUCCGUACGCGAUUAAGUUUCACAUUUAGAUAAUUUCUGUUUAGAUAAUUAACGUCAGACGUGAGUGUAUGUAUAAAACCAGUAGUGCGUUGAGCUAGUAUUCACCUAUAAUAUCAGUGAAAAAGUACACAGAGCAUACACAAUCAAAAUUGCUGGCCAGUCAAACGAAAGACGAUUUGAUUGUUGCAUUAGAAAAAAACCGUUUUCACAACCAUUUUUUCAAUUGCACUGCAGAAAAUUUACGUCUUAUAAUCCGCCGUGCAUAUACACAGUUCGCACAUUUACGAGCAUAUCCAGAUAAAUUGAAUAACAUAACCUGGCUGUACAUGCGAUACAAUCAUCAACAAGCAGCCAGUAUAAAUCGGAUUGACAGUGGUGACAACUCAAGGCGUUUGACCUUGAUUACUUCCUUAGUUUGUAUCGCAGUGAAGAUAUAUUAUCAAGAAAGUGAUGGAAAUUCAAGAUAACAUAGUUUGGAUUAAGGAAGAACCGAACGAUACCUGGGCAGAUGCAGGCGUCGAUUAUAAUUUCGAUUCGGCGGGCUCUUCCAAAAUCGAAAACUGUGAAACAUUUCCGUAUGAUAAAUCACCGGCACAUCACACUAAUGAGGCGAGUGAGUCAAAUGAAAAAUUAAAUGAAAAAAUAUUUAAUGAUUUUAAGAGCAAUGAUGUUAAACUUGAACUACCGUCUGUAUCGACAACUAACUUCAUGUGCGAGGGUCAACAUUUUGAAGCUAUGGUAGAAGAAGAAUAUCAAACCAAUGACAAAAAGGAAAAUAUAUUCAUUGAUUUUGAGGCCCACUGUGUGAAACCUGAACUGCAGUAUUUGGCAACAAAUAUCUGUGAAACGGAAUAUCAAAGUUAUCCACCAAUUGAAAAACUAGAAAACCAAAUUCAAAUCAAUUGCUUGAACAAUAAAGAUCCAUUAAUUUUAACGAAUAAAGAAUUCGAUUUUGAAAAUGAUGGUGACCUUUCAGAAAGUUCUCGUUUGGAAAUUGACGCGUCCAAAAAAGUAAACAUUUUGAAUACAGGAGAAGAAAGCCUGAAAACACGUAUCAAUACAGUACAUAAGGGCAUUCUAUUAUAUGAAUGUGUGAUUUGUCACAAUUCAUAUCGACAAAAAAAAGCUCUGAAAAUUCACAUUAAGACACACAAUAGUAUCAAAUCCUUCGAAUGUAAUAUUUGUCACAAAUUAAUUGGAAACCGAAGUCAACUCAAAACGCAUACUAUAGAAAUGCAUAAUAAUUUCAAACCCUUUGAAUGUGAUAUUUGUCACAAAUCAUUUGGAGAGAAAAAUAAACUUACAAGGCACAUGGAGACGGUACAUGAAGGAAGCAAACCCUUUGAAUGUGAUAUUUGCCAUAAAUCAUUUGGACAAAGUAGUCACCUUAAAUCUCAUAUAAGCGUAGUACAUAAUGGUGACAAACCUUUUGAAUGUGAAAUUUGUCACAAAUCAUUUGGGUACAAGAGUAAACUCAAAAAUCACAAGUCAUUACAUGAACUCAAGUUCGUUCGUUCAUUACAUGAACGCCAUCAAUCUUUCGGAUGUAACAUUUGUCAAAAAUCAUUUGGAAAACAGAGUCAACUCAAAAAACACACUAAAGAAAUACAUGAAAAUUUCAAACCAUUUGAAUGUGAUAUUUGUAAAAAAUCAUUUGGAAAACAGAGUCAACUCAAAAAACACUCUAAAGAAAUACAUGAAAAUUUCAAACCAUUUGAAUGUGAUAUUUGUAAAAAAUCAUUUGGAGAGAAGACUAAACUUUCAAGGCACAUAACGACGGUACAUGAUGGUAGUCAACCCUUCGAAUGUGAUAAAUGUAAGAAAUCAUUUGGACAAAGUUGUCACCUUAAAUCUCAUAUAAACGUAGUGCAUAAUGGCAACAAACCUUUUGAAUGUGAAAUUUGUCACACAUCAUUUGGACAACAAAGUAAACUCAAAAGUCACAUAAAUUCAGUACAUAAUAGUAUCAAAUCGUUGGAAUGUAACAUUUGUCACAAAUUAAUUGGAAACCAAAGUCAACUUAAAAAACACACUAUGGAAAUACAUAAUCAAUUCAAACCCUUUGAAUGUGAUAUUUGUCACAAAUCAUUUGGAGAGAAAAAUAAACUUACGAGGCACAUGACGACGGUACAUGAUCGUAGCCAACCCUUCGAAUGUGAAUUCUGUCACAAAUCAUUUGGUCAGAAUAGUCACCUAAAAUCUCACAUAAACGUAGUACACCAUGGAAGCAAACCGUUUGAAUGUAAAAUUUGUCACAAAUCAUUUGGGUACCAGAGUAAACUCAGAAGUCACAUAAAUUCAGUACACGAACGCCGUCAAUCAUUCGAAUGUAACAUUUGUCAAAAAUCAUUUGGAAACCAGAGUCAACUCAAAAGUCACAUUUUUUCAGUACAUAAUCGCAGCAAACCCUUUGAAUGUGAUAUUUGCCAAAAAUCAUUUGGAGAGAAAAAUAAACUUACAAGGCACAUGGAGACAGUACAUGAAGGAAGCAAACCUUUUAAAUGUGAUAUUUGUCAUAAAUCAUUUGGUCAGAAUAGUCACCUCAAAUCUCACAUAAACGUAGUACACCACGGAAGCAAACCGUUUGAAUGUGAAAUUUGUCACAAAUCAUUUGGAUACCAGAGUAAACUUAAAAUUCACAUAACGACGGUACAUAACUUUAGCAAUCUCCUUGAGAGUUAG